UGGUUCGUAAGGGAUUCUGCACAGUGUCUGCGCAAGUUCACAUUGCAAUAAAAGGAGCUGCCGCAGUCAAACGAACCAUCCUGGAAAAUAUUGAUAUUAAUUCUUAAAAUUUGCGCAAUAACAUUGAGAAGAUGAAUAUAGGAAGCUGGGCUCUCCUCCUCCUUUGUGUGCUCCACCUUCAUUUUGGCCACACUAAGCAGGAGCCAGAGUUGACACUGAAGGACAUGGCUAUGAAGACUACGAACCACCUGAAGAUCACGGGUAUACCCUUGCUUAAUGGCUCAAGGUUCUACAUCGAGAUCGGCUAUAACGUGGCAAACAUCGGCAUACACUUUGAUGUCCGCUUUGACCAUGAAAAGGACCAUCAUGUCAUUGUCAUCAACUCCCGGAAGGAAGGCAUCUGGUCCGCUGAGCAGAGGGACAAACGCUUCCCCUUUAAACAGGGGGAGAAGUUCAAGGUGAUCAUCAACUUCAGCAAAAAUAAAUUUCUUGUCAGCAUGCCUGGUAACAUCAUUUUAUCAUUCCCGAAUCGUUUUGCUGCUGACAAGUUCAUGUUCAUCCGAGUAAGGGGGGAUCUUAGAAUCAAGGGCUUCGACAUUAUGUAAGCAAGUCUGCCUUGUCUGGCUGCUGAUUGGCUGCUUUCUAUGCGCUAUUCUUUGUGAAACUUCACCAUAAUGCUUAUUGUUAAUCCCACUAAUGCAGUAGUGACUAUACCAUGUGUUCCUUCUUGCUAUAUGCCUUUGUUUAUACAAACAGUGUGAACCUGCACAACUUCCCCAGCUGGCAGACAUUUUAAUCUGAAAAUAUGAAAAUUAUUUUGACAUUUCAGUUUUAAUAAAUCUCACUGCAUUUUGCAUUGGA